AUCCAGUCAUCUGCCAACCACCACGCGAGGAAGGUUGCCCGCUUCUCGUAGUGCGCUGGCACGUGUUCACUCGACACUCGCAUAUCCUCGGUAUUGAAGCUAUGAACGUUUUGUCAGGUACCAUAAAACCGCUAUAUUGGUUACUGAAUGUUCCAUAAUACAAAAUCUACGAACACGUGGUGAAGAACGCUACGAUACCCAGUUGGCAUUGAGUGACAGAAAAAAAGUGGUGUGUGAACUUGGUCAAGGAAGUAACGUUGUGCAGCGUCACGUAGGAGAAGGAAGGAGAAAAAGUUCCUACGCCUUGACGGACAGUAUUUCUUCUUUUAUCACACUGGGCGGUGAUUGGACACUUUUUUCCGUUUUGUUUGCCCUUCAAGUGAAAGUGUCGGGCGGGAUUCCUCCAUGACAUCGGACAGUAUUUCUCUAUUUCCUUCCUCCGACUCAUUUUCGUUCAGUUUUCCCUUCAAGUGAAAGUUUGGGAUUCCUGCGUAACAUCGAGGCGUUUUUUUCAUCAUUGCAAGCUUUAUUUGGUGCAUUAGUGACUCGAGACUUACAAAACAUCAGAGAGCCCUUUUACUUCAUUGCAAGACUUAUUUGGCGGAGCUUAUACUGACGCUGAUAUCUGUAAAAUCUCGGAGCGACAUUUUUCUCUAACUGCAAGUCAUAUUUGAUGUACUAGUGACACUGAAAUCUGUACGCCAUUAGAUCGACCCUUUUCUCUAAUUGCAAGUCUUAUUGGGCGGACUGGUGACGCUGAAAUCUGAACAACAUCGAGGCGACCUUUUUCUCUAAUUGCAAGUCAUAUUGGGUGGACUGGUGACACUGAAAUCUGUACGCCAUUAGAUCGACCCUUUUCUCUAAUUGCAAGUCAUAUUGGGCGGACUGGUGACGCUGAAAUCUGAAGAACAUCGAGGCGGAUUAGUGACGCUUUCCGCCCUAUCAGCAAUGGUGGGCGGCGGGAAGUAGGAAGUGGGAGGCGGCGUUUUGAGGGCGCGUGUCAGCGAGUCCCCAGCCCCGCCAUGACCCCCCCGUUACACCUGUGCUGGGUGGCGGCGGCGCUGGCGGUGACCUGCGCGGCGGCGACUCAGCAGGUGCAGGAGGAGGAUGUUGGUGACCUCCACGGACCACGACACGAAGAUGACCUGCCUCCUCCGCCCGCCCCCGUCCCCGUGCCAGUACCAAUCAGGCACGAGGACCCCGCGGGUGAGGGUGUCCCCGUGGGUAGGGCCGCAACCCCCGAGUGUCCCCCCCCACCGCCCUUCUCGCGCGAGCUGUGUAGCGCGCCCGCGUGCCUGCACCACCACCGCUGCCCCACCGGCCGCGCCUGCUGCUUCAACGGCUGCGUGCACACCUGCCUCUUCGCCGUGGAGAGUCCGCCAGUGAUUGACUGGAUGGAGGACACAAGCUCGCACCUGCCGGUCAUCGACGAGGCGGCGCUGCCAUGGGUGCCUCAACGCUUCGAGGACCCUGCCUUCGCCGAGGGUCGGGAGGAGGUGGUGCAUCUACCUGGCGGCUGCACCAUCUCGGGCAAGCAGUACGCCGAGCUGCAGACCUUCAUGGAGGCGCCCAGCAUAGAUAAGUGCAUGUGUGAGAAGGGCGAGGUGGUGUGCUCCAUCAAGAUGUUCAAGUCGUAGCCUCUCGUCCAAGCACCCCAGGAACACCAACUUCCACCCGCCCACCUUCGGCCACAGAGCAAGGCGGCAUCUCUUCACUUCAUCUCCCAUCGACUGUGUUUCUGGCAGUGUGGGAAGCUUGGCUAGUAUGGAGGAGCGCUUGUCAUCCCUCCACGCCCGCCAAAGCUCUCAGUUGUUCACCACUUCUUCAACUUGUAAACAGAAGUCUCGGGUCAAAUCAACGGACUAUUUUUCUCAGUGUUGCUCAAUACCGUGCAUUUAUUUUCCUACCGUACUCAUAGUUUUGUUGUCCCUCUCACUCCAUUAUAAAGACUCCCAGGUGCGUGAGCCAGUCAGGAACACAGACAGGUGACUUGUGUUUUAAUGGUUGACUGAUGUUAGGUGUGAGAUAUAUUUUUUUAAUCAUAACGUAAAAGAUAAUUACCAUUUCAUAAUCAUAAAACCGAAUGUUCAUUAGCUUUCUUGUUUCAUGUUUUGUUCCCUCCAUCAUAACUGCUGUUUGUAUUUGCGUGUUUGUCCAUAUUUUCAUGUCCGUAGUAAUUAAAUAACACUCGAGUUGACACUUUGGUCACUGUCAUGUACUUUUUUUCUUCGUAUUUUAGCAAAGAGUAUAGAAAGUACAUUAUAUACUCUGUUAUUAAGUCCUUUUUUUAGUGGACCGAUGUGGUGCUGUGGAUUGAGUAAAAGAAGGAAAGAAAUUAUGUAUUAAAGAAAAGACAACAAUGAAUGAUAUGAAAGCGCAGUGAAGUGAAGGGAAAGAAAUAUUCGUGUGGACCAGUGACAAGACAGAGACAAAGAAAAAUACGUAAAAGAAAAAGUGAUUGUGUUAUGUGACUGGACGUGAAGGCAUGGACAACAAGAAGGGAGGAAAAAAUGUGGUGCAGACGAACGCAGAGAGACGGAAACGGAGAAAGGAAAAAAAUGUGCAUACCCUAAUGUGUGCUAAGUAUACAUAACCACGGCAGUGUAUAAGAUGAAGCGUCACGCCAUCACAAGGAAGUUAUAUAAAAACCAGCAGCUCAAGUUAAUCUCUACUGGCUUGUGCUGUGUUUUCGCCCAUAAACAACACAAUAAUCAUCUUAGCCUCGCCUCCCUCAGCAAGCCAGCACAAACACACCAAGAAAAUUGGACAAUGAACCUACUUCUGCGACUUAUUUCUGCGGGAUUUACUUUUGUGACAACUCAUGGACAGGGAAGAAGUGAAUCAGAAUGUACGAGUUGUGAAAAAGAAGAAAGACACCCCCAAGCCACAUCCACACAAUAACAGCAAAUAAACCACAAAGGGGAGGCUGUUUCAGAGACUAUCUCCCUGACCAUCCACUGAACCGCACGUGAAACAAAUCAUUCACUGCCAUUCUAACUUUCCUAUAGUUUAUUUAAGCUACUGUACACUUAGAAUAUUUGGUGCUUAUGGAAUUCAUGUGCAUUGUUUUAUUUUUAUACGUGUCGUCUGUGUAAAACUUCGGAUACAACUUUGCAACACUAUUUAAAGAUGGCUGACGUACACGAGAAUAUUGUUACGUCGCCAUCAUCACCUCGCCUCGCUCAACACCCCCAACCUAAACCACUGCCAUAUAUUUAACCUUCCUAUAGUAUAUUUUCACUACUGUACAGUUAGAAUUAUCGCUGUUAAUUGACCCAUGAGCAUUUACUUAUAUUAUUUGUAUAAAACUAUAGAUACAACAAGAAAUUAUGUUGAUAGGUGUAUAUAGACAAUAUAUAUGUAUGAACGUGUCACACCGAACUCAAGAGCUUAAUGUUGAUGCUAUCCUCAACCUACUGGUGGUCUCUUGUCUUCAUGCGUGAAAGCCAGGAGCCCGCCAGCCUUGCCUUCCAUGGAACAGACUACGUGUUUGGGAUGUACUGCCUGUAUGUGACGCUGUGCUGUGGAUUUGUGGUGAUCGGUGGACAUGAUUGGUAUAGAGGAUGAACCACAAGGAAAAAAGAAAGUCAGAUCGGAUACGUGCCGUGGGAGAGGAGAGUUGGUGGGGUUGUCCUUGCGAGACUUCUAGUGCUGUGUAGGGAAGAGUCGGUCAUGCACACUGCACAGUCACGUCAGUCAUAAGAAAUGUUGUCAGCUGUUUUGUUUGUGUGCUUUGUCAUUUUGGUCAGAAUGGUUUAUGCAGUGCUAUGUGACCUGGUUUUAGAUAAUUAUGGUGUAGGAUGCAAUAUGUAUUUUUGAAAGUUUAUAUAUUAUACUUUAUGUGAAGGUA